CAUCAGUAGUUAUUCCUCUUUCACAAUUCAUUCCGCUCAUUAGAGAUGUAUUUGAAAUUUUUUCGAAAGUUACGGAUUUAUAUAGGUCAGCUCAGCAUAAUAAAAAUAUUACCAUGAUUUUAAUGCAACGUAUCUCUACAGCAAACAUCUCUGUUAAUAUUUUACAAGCAAGAGAAGAUUUAUUAACUUCGAUUUAUUAUAAAAGUUUACAAAGAUUGGUUCAAGUUCUUCAUAAUAUGAUUAAAUUCAUUGAAGAUAUAACACAAUAUAAUACGGUGCAAAAGUUUUUAGGAGCUAAAAAGAUUGAAAAUGGAUUUAAAGAAUUAUGUAAAGAAUAUGAUAGCAGUAUGACUUUGUUAAAUUUUAACCUAUUGGUCAAUUUUAAUACUGAAAAUGAAGAUAUUAACCUAUUGGUCAAUUUUAAUACUGAAAAUGAAGAUAAAAUUGUGAAAGAAGAUGUAGAACAACUUGUAAAAUUUCAAGAAGCUUUAGUAGAAAGUAUGAACGAUGUGAAACAAAAUGUCUUUCACACAAAUGAUCAGAUGAACUCAGUCGUUGAACGAAUCAGUGAAAUGGCAAUAACUAUGCAUAAUAUGCAAAGUAUGAUGGGCAGUAAAAAAGAAGAUGCAGAUCAAAUUCAAAACAAAAUCGAUAUCAUCUUUCGUACUGAUAAACUUCCAUUCAAAGAUUAUGAAGAAGCUGACGAAAUUAGUAUACGUGGUGAAAGAUUGAGAAAAUACAUUCAAGUAAAAACUAAAGAAGAAUUUGCUUUCAAGGUUGUAGAUCAAUAUCAUAUUAAUAAAGUUAAAAAUCAAGUCACAAUUCUUAUGAAACUUAAGGAUUGCCAAAAUAUCAUUAAUUUCUAUGGUCUUACUAGUGAUGGAUUUAAAACUUAUUUAGUAACUGAAUGGGCAGAAAAAGGAAGCUUACGUGAAUAUAUUCUUAACCAUGAACAAAACAUUGACUUAAAAUUGAAAAUAAAAAUUGCUUAUGAUAUUGCUAAAGGUUUGAAUUUCCUUAAUUCUGUCAAGAUGGUUCAUCGGGAUAUUAAAUCUGAAAAUAUAUUAAUUACACAUCAUGAUAUUGCUAAAAUUACAAAUUUUAGUAGAAGAUUUGAUGAUGAUGCUGGUAAUAUUGAGAUAUCUAAAGAAUAUUUUCGAUAUAAUGCUCCCGAAAUUUUAAGAAGAGGAUUUACAGGAGAAAAGGAGAAAAAAGACAAGUAUUCUAAGUAUGAUACCAAAUGUGAAGUUUAUAGUUUUGGUAUUCUCCUUUGGGAGAUUGCUGAACGUAAAAUUCCAUACGAGCAAUUCAAAGAUUUUAUUGAAGUUAUAAGAAAAGUAGUAGGUGGGUAUCGGGAAAAAUUUAGAGCUGGUACUGAUAUUCCGAAGAAAUAUCAAGAUCUUGUAAAUAAAUCUGUUGAUUCAAAUCCGGGUUCUCGACCUAUAUUCUCAAGGAUGUUAACAGAUCUUCAGGAUAUUUUCAGAAAUCUUGAAGCACCCACAAGUCGUCCCAUUAGUAACAUAGCUCCUCCUGUACGAAAAAUGACUCAAAGUACAAUAGAAGCGAUAGAAGAUUAUGCAAUUAAUUUGGAUUCAGAUUCAUUUAACACGGUUUGGGAUUCAUUUGAUUAUAUGACGCUUAAUAAAGCAAUUGAACUUCAUAAAACCGACAGCAAGAAGGAUAAGAAAAUAUUAUAUAAAUGUUUUGAUACUUAUGCUGAAAUGGAUAAUCCAAAAGCAAAAUAUUGGAAAGCUUAUUAUAUUUCAAAAGGUUGGUCUAACCUUGAAUGUUCUGAAAAGGAAAAACAUAAAUUGUCUGUUCAAUUAUUUAAAGCAGCUGCUGAUUAUGGUGAAAAGUUUCCUGAUGCUCAACUCCGUUAUGCAUUAAUGGUUAUGCAAGGCAAAGGUGUCAAACCAGAUAAAGAUGAAGCGAUUAAAUAUUUUCUUAAAGCUGCUAAAAAUGGACAUUUCGUAGCUAUGUUUAACAUUGCCACUUAUUACUACUCUAUACACGAAUAUGAAUUAGGGAAUUAUUAUAUGAUAAGUUCUGCUAAUAAGGGCUUCGAACAAGCAAUUAACUAUUGUAAAAAGAAAAAUAUUUCUUAUUAAUUAUAGAU